ACCAAGAUGGCCGCUACAGAAGCCUUGCGAGCCGAUAAUCCCGAAUCUAUCGAGUCUUUGAGCCGAGAAGCAGAAUCAUUGAAAGCCAGAUUAGAAGAAGAAAAGGCAAAAUUAAACGAUGUUGAUAUGUGUGUUGUUGCCCAACGGCUAGAUAAUCUUGCCCAGUUUAAUAUUAAACCAAGACGAGUAUUGAAGGGUCAUCAAGGCAAAGUGCUAUGCAUGGAUUGGUCUUCAGAUAAAAGGCAUAUUGUUAGUUCUUCACAGGAUGGAAAAAUGUUAGUUUGGGAUGCCUUUACAACAAAUAAAGAACAUGCAGUAACAAUGCCCACAACAUGGGUAAUGGCAUGUUCUUAUGGUCCAUCAGGCUCAAUUGUUGCUUGUGGCGGUCUAGAUAAUAAAUGCACUGUUUACCCAUUGAGCUUAGAAGAAGAUCCAGCUAGUAAAAAGAAAGCUGUAGCUACACAUACUAGUUAUUUAUCCUGUUGUUCAUUUACUAAUUCAGAUUAUCAGAUAUUAACAGGUAGUGGAGAUAGUACAUGUGCAUUAUGGGAUGUAGAAAGUGGUCAGUUAAUACAAAGUUUUCAUGGUCAUGCUGGUGAUGUAAUGAGUAUAGAUUUAUCACCAACAGAAACAGGCAAUACAUUUGUCUCAGGUGGCUGUGAUAAAGUAGCUAUGGUAUGGGAUAUGAGAACUGGUGAUUGUGUUCAGAUGUUUGAAGGUCAUGAUUCAGAUAUAAACAGCGUUAGAUUUUAUCCUAGUGGUGAUGCCUUUGCCACAGGUUCAGAUGAUGCCACGUGUCGUCUAUUUGACUUAAGAGCUGAUAGAGAAGUUAGCUGUUAUAAGAAAGAAAGUAUUAUAUUUGGCUGUAAUUCAGUUGACUUUUCAGUUAGUGGUCGUUUAUUGUUUGGUGGUUAUAAUGAUUAUACUAUAAAUCUAUGGGAUGUAUUGAAGGGUACUAGAUUAUCUAUAUUAUAUGGUCAUGAGAAUAGAGUUAGCUGUCUUGGUGUAUCACCAGAUGGCACAGCACUAUGUACAGGUAGUUGGGACUAUACAUUAAGGAUAUGGGCAUGAUUGGGUAUUCAGAAAUACAGAAGUCUUGGCACGACCAUCCAGCAUUUUAUCGUCAAGGCCAUCUAGACAACGAUCUCAACUUUUGACCAAGUAGUAGCCACCAAAAUAAUCAGUUACCUUUUUUUCUUUUCCUUAUUAAAAUGGACAUCUUAUGACUUUUAUUAGAUUUUUCUUCAGAGUAUCAAUAUAUAAGUAUGUAUGGUAAUUUGAAUAGUUAAAGCUAUAUUCAAAGUUACGAUAUAAUACAUUGGAUAUAGAGAAAGUUGAUAAUUUAAAUAAGUAUUGUUAAUUAGUCUCCAUAAAAGAUAUUGUUUUUUCUUUUUUGUCCCCUGCCUGUCAAAGAAAGCAGUAGACUAUUAAAAUGGGUCUGUGCGUCUGUCUGUCUGUCACAUUUUUUGGGACAUGAUAACUCUCCUCCUAAUUGAGGUAGGUGUUUAUUAGGUCAAUGCCUUGAUGGAGUUCAAAGAUGGACAUUUUCUGCUUAGGCUAAGCAGAGAUAAGCAAUAUGAUUGGUUGAUGCUUUGGGACACGAUAACUGUUCUAAUUAAGUUAGAGUGUUGAAACUUGGUGUAUAGUUUCAUUACAUCAAUACCUCGGCCAAGUUCGAUAAUGGACAUUUUCUGCUCAGGGUAAGCAGCGUGAUAAGAAAUUUGAUUUGGUCAAGACUUUGGAGCUUGAUAACUUUGAUUCUAAUGGUAAAACUUUGUGUAUAGUUUCAUUAUAUCAAUACCUUGAUGAGCAUUUCCGGCUUAGGCUAGGUAGAGACUUCAGUCUGAUUGGUCAAGACUUCGGAAAACAAUAACUCUUCUUCUAAUUUAGGUAGAAUGUUCACACUUGGUAUAGGUGUUUAUUAGAUGAAUGCCUUGACAAUGUUCGACCAUACGCAUUUUCCACUAAGGUUAAGCAGAGGUAAGCAAUUUGAUUGGUUGAAACUUUGGAACAACUUUGGUUCUGCUUAGACUAAGUAGCGAUAAUCAGUUUGAUUGGUCAAGACAUUGGAACAUAACAACUUUGCUAAAGCUAAGCAGAGCUAAGCAAUUUCAUUUGAUAUUCUAACUGAUGGACAGUGAUGUAACUUAGGGUAUAGUUUCACUACCACCAGGUACUUCAAAACCUUGACUGAGUUCGAUUGUGAACAUUUUCUGCUUAGACUAAGUAUAGAUAAUCAGUUUGAUUGGUCGAUACUUUUCAAAAAGAUAAAUGUGCAAUUAAUUAAUAGUAUCAUCUAUUUGGGAUUACGGCUGGGGACAUCAACCUGUUCGCUUGUUUUAUUUAUUACAUUUUUAUUGACAUGACAGAAAGUCAUAUUUUAUAAUUUAUUUUAGUCUUUUUCGCAUAAUGAAGAAACUUUAUUUAUCUUAGCAUAAGUUAUUUUUGCAUGACAUUUAAAUUCCAAUAAAUUGUAUUUAGUGCAUAAUAUAUUUUUUAGCAUAAUGUUAAAAUCCUCUUUAUUUAAAAUUAUGUUUCUAAUUUUUAGAAGAUCUUGUCUCUGUUUUAUUUAAUUUCUUUAUGAAAGAGAUAUUAUAUAGGAUAUCAAAUUGGAGAUGAGAAAGUGCUAUUAUUAUUAUUUUAUUGUUGUUUUUUGCUACAACAUUUCAAGAAAAAGGAUGGGGACAUCAAAAUUGGUGCAUUUUAGAACCCAACAAAAUCUUUUGCAUUUUCACAUAUAUAGCUCUAUAUAGGAUAAUAUUCAUGUAAAUAUAUUUCAUCAAUUAAUUCAAAGUCUUGUUUAAAAUCAUGAUUUUACUUUCAAAAUAUAUCAUUAUGCAAAUUGUUUGUUAAAUGUGUAAAUUAGUUGAUAUGUGAUCAUGUACUUUGUUGUUUAUAUAGUCUAUUUCGUUUUAAUCUAAAAAAAAAUUGUCAAUUUGUCAGAUAUUCAGCUAGUCAAAACAUAAUAAAUGGAGACAGUAGAAGCUUCUUCAUCAUCUUUCUAUUUAUCUUUAGAGAGAUAUAUAGUGACUAUCUUAUUUAGGUUUUCUGUAUUUUGUGUUUUAAUUAUAAAACACCUGAGCAAUUUGGAAGAGAAUCCAGCAGUUCUGUUAAAAAUCAAUGAUUUUCCACACCCAAACAAUGAGAAUACCUGUACAUUAUUACUAAUUAUCAAAUAUCUCAGGAUUUGAUAACAAGCUGUUAUUGGGAUAUAUAAAAAAAACCCUUUAAAACAGGGUAUUGAAUGAAGAUACUGAUCAGAAUCUCAGAAAUAUCUUUAUGUGUACAUGUAUUUUCACUCAUUAAAAAGUUUGACUUUUCCCCCAUUCACCAUAGAUUAUAAAUAAACAGUUUUAGAUGUUAAGAGGAAGAAUGUUUUAAUAACAUGUUUCAUGUAUUAUUCGAAGUGUUUUCAGAAAAAACAUCAGUAGAGGUGACAAAUUUUAUCUUCUGUUAGCUUUGUAAAAUAGAGUCCUUGCCCCAAGACAAUGGAACAUUCUCAGAUUUAACUAAGAAUCUUAAGAAUUUACUCAUUUAUUGUUCGUGAUCACUGAGAACCUGAGAAUGUUUUGUGGGCUAGAUCUUUUGAUCUUAAACCAAAUGAUAGAGAAUUGUAUAGUCUUAAACUAUUGUAAAUAUGCUUCUUGUUGCCUUUUCUUUCGUGUAAAUUUACAGAAUAAAGUUUUCUUAUUGGUCAUUUAAGAUUAAAUGACAGUUUUAAAUCAUUUUAGUGUAUUAUUUGCUGUCUAGAAAAGCAUGUGCAGAACCAGUUUUUAAACUUUAAUAAUGGUUAUAUGUUCAGUAAUCAGUCUGUGGAAAAUUCUUAAAAUAUGAAAAGUAAUUAUUUCUUUAUUGAAGUAAUAUCUUAUAUUGGACAUUCAUUAUUUAUUGGAAAUUUCUUUCUUGCAGAACAUGAAACUCAUUGCUUUUUCAAUUAUGCUUGAAAUAAUAUUUCAAGUGAACAUUAUUAAGUUAUUUAUAGAAAACUUUCCUUUAAAUCCACUGAUUGCCAUUUGCAUUUUUCAGACAAUAUAUAAAUCUUAAUUCAUGCGUAAGUGCACUCAAAUUGAUUAUUUAACAUUUUAAUCAAAAUGCUGAAUUAAAUAAUUUUUGUUUAAUAUGAAUCCAAAGAUACAUGUUUACAUAAAUUUUACCAAAAUUUGGUCCAUUUUGAACAAAGUGAAUUUUGUCCAUUUUAAACAGGGUGAAUUUUGACCUUUUUGAACAGGGGGAAUUUAGAGAUUCAAAUUUUAUAAUAUUGUAGUUAGUUUGAAAGGGAUUCAAAAUCCUGCAGGUGAUGAUCAGAGACUCUUAGAAAUGAGUUUUUGUCAGUUAUAUAUGUACCCUUUGUAUAUUUCCCAUUAUUCAGUAUAGAUUGUACAUUUGAAAACCAAUAGUUAUAAUUCAUCCACAGGGUUCAUUGUUGCAGGGCUUUGGUUGUUGUACUCCUGCCUUUCGAAAAAUGCAGGAGACUAUUAAAAUGAGUCUGUUUGUCGGUAACAUAAUAGUUUUGCAUCUAAUUGAGUUAGAAUGUUCAAAACUAGAUGUGCAUUAUAUAUAGUAGGUGAAAGUCUUGACUAAGUAUGUGAAGAGAGUUUUUUUACAUAGGCUAAGAAGCUGUCCUUCACUACUUUACUUUGGAUCACAAUGACUCUGCUUCUAAUUAAGGGAAGAUGUUCAAACUGGAUGUAUAUGUUUGUUAUAUGAAAGGAGAGACAUUAUAACACAAAAACUUUGAGCUCUAAUUUAGUGAUAGUGAUAAAACUUGGUGUAUAGUUUCAAAUACCUUGACUAAUAUGUUGAUACAAACGAUAAAUGUGCAAGUAAUUAAUGAGUGUUAUUUAUUUAUUUUGGGAUUGAGGUCAGGGACAUUAGCUCACUGUUGGCUUGUUUUUAUUUAUUAGGCUUCAUUAUUUAUUUCUAAAUUCAUUUUAUGUAUACCCUUGUAUGUUUAUUUAUAAUGCAUGUAAAGAUUGAUCAAAAUUUUCAAAAAUAUCAAAAUGCAUUCAUCAAAUGUCAAAUUGAAGUAUUAGUUUAGUAUUAUUUAGGUUUUAUUUCUAGUCAACAAAUGGAUUGAUUACAGAUUUUAAUAAUUUGUUAUGAUCUUUAUUUACCACACAAAAUAUACCUGUCAAAAAUAUAUCAAAAUCUGUGUUCUGUUGGACCUUUUAUAUUAACUACAAAUUAACAGUCAGCUCCUCACAACUGAUGUUCAACCUCUCACAAUAUCUUCAAAUAUAACAUAAUUAGUUAUUGGCUUAUUUCUAGUUGCUGACAGAAUGAGUGAUUUGAAAAGUCAUAAAACAACAGCCUGGAAGUACAAUAUUAUUGUCUGUAUUCAAAUGCUAUAUUAUUUGUGUAUAAUUUUACAAUUACUUAUAUUUUUUUGUUCAUUUUUCUCACCUUAUUGUAUUGUUAGCUUUCUGCUUUCUUUUAUAUCAGUAUUUUAUUUUGUAUGUUUUUCCUUUUUGGUAUCCCUAAUUUAAUUUUUAUCUAUAAAUGAUGUAUUUGUUACUUUUGUUUGUUUGUUAUGAGAUGUUAACAUAUUACUGUGUUCAAUUUUAUUUAUAUUGUCAAUACGAGUACAUAUAAUGUAAUGUUCAGUAAGUUUUCUUUUAAGAAAGUAUAGCUGGAAUACUUGUGCUAAAAUUACAUCUUGGUGCAUAAAAAUAAAUUUCAUAACAUUUUAGUGUACAUACUUUGGGACAAAUAAAAUGGCAUGAAAUUGGCAAGUAUGAAUAUAUGUUUAUUUGGAGAUCUUCCUCACCUAAAUCCAUAUUUUAAAACUACUUCUGAAGAAUAUAUUCAUGUUAUUGAUCAAGUUAUCUAUUAUUUUGAAAUUAAUAAUACCAACUGUAUAUUACUGUUUGCCAUAUAAGAUGUCUUGAAAUUGCAUUUAACUACCUUGUCUCAAACAUCCAUCUAGAUCUGUAAUGGUCAAAUACAUUUUUAUUGUGCAUGUCAAGAUUAUAUCAAAUAUCUAUUUAAAUAAUAUAUCAUCAAAUGUUUUUCGCAUUGCAAGUAUGAAGACUCAUUAAAGUGCAAUAAACCAUUAUUAGAGAAA